AUGCCGCGGGGGCGCGCUCCGCGCGCGGCCGCCGCGGUGGUGGGGCUGCCGCCGCUGCUGCUGCUGGCGGCUCAGGCCGGGGCGGACGAAAGUCCACGGACCCCGAGAAGCAGCCCGCCACCCGCGGCCAGGACGGACGCCCAGCGGUGCGCCUUCGCGCUGCUGCCCGAGCGCGUGCAGCUCCUCGGGGACCCCGCGGGCUGGUUGGGCCUCGCCCACGACGGCAGCCUGAUGACCAGAGACAAGGCGGUCCUGCUGGACUGGUCGCUGGACCUGUUCUCUUGGUCCCAGCCAUCGGUCCGGAUGUAUUAUGGCAGCAAGCUUCUCUACAAGUCGGAAGUUGGGAGGAGCCUUCUGACCUCGGUGGCGCGUGGCUCGACGUGUGGAACGGGGCGCGGCUGA